GGCCUGGUCGUUCGUGGAGAGAGGUUAGGAGCGGUGAAGCAGGUGAGGACAAGUCAAGACAAGUUGAGGCAAGUUGAAGACGGUGAUUGUCCUACUACGUCGAAAUCCCGGUGCCGAAGUCGAUUUUAACGAGAGGGCGAGAAGAAUAGUGAAACGGAAUUGAAAUGGCAAGUACCAUAGGAGGGUGGUUGUCAUGUAAUACUUACAAUUUAUGCAAGAAUUAUGGAAUAUGUUCCUUAUUGCACGUCAGAAAUUACGCAGCGAGAAAGGGUACGAGGGAAAAGGCCAGAAGGGCCAAAGCGAAACGGGUGGUGAAAGAAGUCGAAGUCAUACCGAUUACACAGCGAGGCAAAAAACCGGAUAAAAGGGCCUUGAUGAAGGAGCUUGAGAAACUCCAAAUACGAGACGUCGGAAAACCAAAGGCGGUGGAUAAUGUUUAUCCGAUGAGAUACUUUUCAUGGAAAAGUUAUUCUUUCGCCGAGGCUGUACAAUGCCAUCGAGAAACUCAUCAUCCGACUGUAAUGAACAUACCCAAUGAGUAUGUUACUGCGGUAAUCGAGCUGGAUAUGCAUGGAGUAAAGAAGACAAAAUUAGCAGAUGAAUUCAGUCGGAUUGCCGAAAUCCCUCAUAAGUUUGAAAGGACGCAGAAACCGACUCUCAUGGCUUUCUGCAAAUGUCCAGAAACAAAAGCAGAAGCGGAAGCUGCAGGUGCAACACUGGUAGGCGGUAUCGAUAUAAUAAAACAAAUUCAGAAAGGAGAAGUAUCCUUAUCUGACUUCGAUCAUGUAGUUGCGUACCCUGAUAUUUUGCCUGAAUUGGUAGCAAUCAAAGGUCUUCUGAAAAAGAAAUUCCCUGCGAAUUCAAAAGGUACUUUGAGUAACGACAUGAAAUCUAUGAUUUAUAAAUUUCUGCACGGAAUUCCUUAUUCAGCCAAAAAGAACGCCUUCUACCCAGAGUACGGUCGUGUAGACGUUGCUUUUGGAAAGCUCGAGAUGGAAACGAGUGACUUGGAAGAAAAUUUUGCCGCUGUAUUAAAGGAUAUCAAUUCAGCACGACCAAAACGCGAAGGACCUUUCAUAACAAGGACGCGAAUCGGGACUCUGUCAGCGUCAGAAUCCUUCAAAGUAGAAUUUGCUCCAUACAUCGCUACAAAGAACGAGGCCCCUAAAAAGGAUGAAGAGGAAGAAGAGGAAGAAGAGGAAGACACGUCCGCAGCAGUUAGAUCCAACAUUUAAGGAACAAUGUCAGUGAGAAGAGAAUACGUAAUAUCUCUAAGACUAUUUUGUACAUAAUGUUUAGAAAAUGAUAAUGCAAUAUCCAGUCCAUCAUUGCGUAUAGGUUAUAUUAAAAAGAGACCUAACGGUUGGGUCGAUCAUAAAUAACGAAAUCGGGUGAGGAAAGGAGAAAGAAAAAAAAAACACGAAGUAUCUACGUUUAUUUCGUGUAUAAUGUUUAGAAAAUGAUAAUACAAUGAUCAUCGCAUA